AUGGACACGUUCGACAUCCCAGAACCCCAAGUACUCGUGCACUAUCCCAAUGACGAGGGAGGCAUGUUCUGGCAUCACCGUAUUCUAGUGAAGAAGAUCACAGCGGGGGUAUGGAUUGCGAUCACCCCCGACUUAGAGCUUGUGCGUCACAAUCUUCUAGAGCAGCGCCACCUCGUCCUGGAACGCAAUUCGAUGUUCCCUGCGAAUCGUCGGGGCGAGGUGUAUGGCUUCGACCCGGCGCCUCGAGCUGAGAUUCUGGCUCUGAAGAGGCAAGCUGCAGUUCAGGCAGCAAUCUUGGGCGAUGGCGACCAUGACGUUGAGAUGGAGAACUACGUUUGGGUCGUCGCAGAGGUAGGUCACUCACGGUUUGCCCAACCCCUGGUCGAUGCAGAGUUGGACCAGGCUUCCUUGGGGCAGUCCAAGGGCGUGGCGUUGGUGAGUGGCUUCGAAGUGUUCAUAGAGAAGGUUCAGAGCAACCAGCUGCAAGAGUGGAUGACCUCACGUAGCUCGGAGGGUGGAGACCUACGCACUUUGGGUGACCAUCGGGACUCCGCAGUCAGCGAAUCCUCGGCGGUGGCCCACAUUCAUUACGUGCUGUGCGAGUCAGUUCGGCUGGCCAUUCAGACAGACCAGCUCGACGUGACCAACUUGUUGAGCUUCGAACUCAUCAUGCGCAGGAUCUGCCAGGAUGAGACCGCGGUGGCUCGUAACCCUCGCCAUCCUGACUACGGUGGGUUGGAGAUUUUGCUUCGCGCUCCGACCACCGAGCAGGGCCAGGCGAGCACGAACAAGUUCACGGAGUGGGUCACGGGCCGUCUCAAGGAACAGGCCGCGAUCUACAAGCAGACUCGGUUGUGGAACGAGGAGCAGCGGGCCAUGCAGAACUCUCGCGCCCCUGCAGACCUGUACUGUCAGGAGCCGAAGAACUUCGCGCCGUUCGAUCUGACAAAGCUCAAGGUCGCAAAGGGGCGCGCCCGACCUCGCUCUGUGGCUAACUUCUUGCCGCCUUUGCCCGCGGACAUGAUCCGCAACCCUGCACUGUACAUCGAGAAGGAUGAGGAGGAUAUGGAGUUCACGCCUGGGGCCCUUGCGGACCUCGACCUCUCCGUGGGUGGCGAGUCCGUCGACGGUGUCGGCAGUGUGAUAGGCUGGGGCCCCCGCGGGAACGAGGCCGAUGUCGAGGACUGCUUCUACAACUUCGCCAUCGAUGGCUUGGCGGAGUGGUUCGGUUUCGACGACCCGCUGCCCGCCGCCGAGAUCAGGGCUACGUGCGGCAUCAACGUCGGGGCGUUCUGGGACCCCGAGCUGAACGCGAUGGUCUCCGUGGAGGACGACAUGGUCUUGUACCCGUGCAUGCGCGCUAUGUGCAUGGGGUGGUCCUGGGCUCUGUACUUUGCGCAGGAGGCUGUAUCCGCUAUGACAGAGCGGGCGCUGCGUUCGUCGUCUCUACCGACGCCUGCCAUGGUGAAGGAGCACCAUCCCGCCCCUGACUUAAAUGAGUCUAAGGUCAUGGGGAGCGUCUACGUGGACAACAUCACCGUCUUCGGCAGGGACGCCUCUCUGGCUCGUGAGGCGAGCUCCGCCCUGCAGGCCGAAGCUGACCGUUCUGGUUUGCCUAUCACGUGGUCCUACCCCGAUGUGGUGACCCACCUCGAGACCGUGGGUGUUGAGAUCGACCUCAGGAAGGGAAAGCUUGGCAACAAGGCCUCCCGAGUGUGGCGUUUUGACUUGGCCACCCGCGCUCUCCUGCGUCGUGGCAAGAUGCGAGGAGAGCACAUGGAGGUCUGGCUGGGCCACGCUGUAUCACUGCUGAUGCUGGCCAGGCCCGGGUACGCCGCGCUUUCAGCCACGUACCGGUUCGCCGAGACCGCCUGGGGCGUUCGGACCCCUCUGCCGCGCGAGGUCAUGCGCGAGAUGAGGUUGGUCGCUGGGCUGGUCUGGCUCGCUGAGGUCGACCUGGCGGCGCCCCACGUGCCACGCGUCUACGCCAGCGACUCCGCCGACAACGGGUACGGCCUGAUGUACAAGAAGGCCACGGUCGAGGAGAUGCAGUCGGCCUUCCGCUGGAAGGAGAAGUGGAACUUCAGGCAGCACCUCCGAGGCCCCCGUGUUGGUCUGACUUCGGCCGCCGAUGUCGCUGAGAUGGGCGUCUACAGGGAGGCAGACGAGACGCAGCCGGAUCACGAGGUGGAGCCCCGCUGCCGCUCCGCCGAACCGAACGCGGGCUCCGCCCCUGCCACGGCCUUCGGCCAGUGGCUGCAGAGCAAGGCCGAGGAGGGCUCUGCCCUCGACGGACCUCGUCGGCCUCGCCCUCGCCGUCUGCGGCGGCGCCCUGCCGACCCUGACGAUCCCGACGCCGAGUGCCUCGGUCAGGUUGGCCCCCUGGCGCCGCCGCUGCCCGCCUCCUGGUUCGACUCGGAGGGCUUCGAGCUGGUGGCAGCGAGGCGCUGGCGCUGGCCUGGAGAGCACAUCAACGUGAAGGAGACCCGCGCUGCAGUGAUGGGGCUGCGGCAUGCCUGUUGCGUUCGCCAGAAUUGCGGACGCCGCUUAGUUUCUCUCGUGGACUCCAUGGUAUGUGUUGGCUGCCUGGACAAGAGGCGGUCCAGCCGCUCAGCAGCUCUGAACGCACAAUGCCGGCGAGCUGCGGCCUACGCAAUCGGUUGUAGAGUGCGUUGGAGGCUGCGGUAUGUCAACACGAAGUUUAACGUGGCCGACGGCCAGGGUUUCUUGGGGCUGUUCUCGGGCGAGGGUGGGCUCUCCAAGGCGUUCGAGGAGCUCGGCCUGUCUACUUACCCCUGCAUGGGCAUCAAAGAUGGGGCUCACUAUGACCUCCUGGGCCCGAAGGUCCAGAACAUCAUCCUAGAGGCGGCUCAGACCCGGCUGACGGCGGGGACCUGGAGGCCCGGCUUCGCGAUGCUGCGCGACGGCCGGCUUCGCGUGCCCGGGAGCGCCUCCGACCAGCUCGGUAGCGGCUUCAAGCGGAGCCUGACCUCGGGCUCGCUGGCGCCGUCGACUCAGCCGACCUCGAGAGCAGGUUUGACCACCUGCGGCCUUUCAUCAUCUUCGGUCAGGAUUCCAACCUCGAAGCAGCAAGGAAGCAGGCAGCCCGCUCGAGGAAAGGCCCGAAAGGUCGCUGGCCGCCGCUCCCGCGUCUCUAGUUUCGUGGAGGCGAUUAAGGGCCGCAGCCUGUGCUUCGGGCCGACGGCGCCCGUCCCUGUGGAUGGAGGUGUUGCCCGUUUCGGCUCGAUCACCUUGACGUCGCUGGAGCGAUAUGGGACUGCAGUUCGUGAGUUUUUCGACUGGGCGACGCGCUCAGAUGACCUCAGACAAGCUCCAGAGUCCGUUAUCGAUCAGAAAAUGUGCAAGUACUUUGAUGUUCUCAUGAGUCAUGCUCGACAUGCCGCUGAGGGACGGUACACCCUCUGGGGGUAUCUAACUUUCUUCCCACGGUCGGACAUCGCCAAGUCCGCCCGCCUCUCGAUGGCUCGUGAGGCGAUGAAGGGCUGGGUCCGCAGGUUCCCUGGCUCCUCACGACAUCCGUGGCCGCUCUCAGUCUUCUAUUUGUUCAUGAGUGUCUUCCUGAGGGACAAACACACCGAGGCUGCCGUCGCCCUGGCUAUCCAAGUAGACGCCUACCUGAGACCUUCUGAGAUAUGCGAACUGCGGUG